GACAAAAUGGCGGAGGGUGCUGACGCGGUGCCACCUGUAAAAUCCGCAAAACAGCUGGAGAAGGAGGCAAAGAAGGCAGCGGAGAAGGCAGCAAAACUUGAGAAGUUUAAAGCCAAAGCGGAACAGAAAACAAAGGAAGCUAAGGUAGAGAAGACGGAGAAGAAAGAGAAACCAAAGAAGGAGGAAAAGGUUUCAGCGGAGUACACGAGCAAGACGAAACCUGGAGAGAAGAAAGAUACCAAGUGCCCGUUGCCUGAUGCCUAUAGUCCUAAGUAUGUUGAGACUGCCUGGUAUUCCUGGUGGGAGAAAUCUGGAUUCUUCAAACCGGAAUACGGUCGGAAAAGCAUCAAAGACGUGCCAAAGGAAGGAACCUUUAUGAUGGUCAUCCCUCCGCCCAAUGUGACCGGGAAACUUCAUCUCGGACAUGCACUGACCAAUAGUGUAGAAGACGCCAUUACAAGAUACAACCGACAGUGCGGGAAGAUGUCUCUCUGGAAUCCUGGUUGCGAUCACGCCGGUAUUGCGACCCAGGUCGUCGUAGAGAAGAAGAUUGCCCGGGAGGAGGGGUUGAGCCGUCACGACCUGGGACGGGAGAAGUUCGUUAGCCGGGUUUGGGAGUGGAAGGAGGAGUAUGGUGGCGCCAUCUACAACCAGCUCCGGUCUCUAGGGAGUAGUGUAGACUGGGACAGAGCCUGCUUUACAAUGGAUCCUAAAAUGUGCAAAGCUGUUACGGAGGCUUUUGUCCGAUUGCACGAGGACGGAACUAUUUACCGCUCUAACCGUCUUGUAAACUGGUCUUGCUCACUACGAUCUGCCAUUUCUGACAUAGAAGUUGAUAAAGUAGAGUUGCCAGGACGUACAUCCCUCUCUGUUCCUGGAUACUCGGAGAAAAUUGAGUUCGGAGUUAUCGUUUCCUUUGCAUAUAAAGUGGAGGGAAGUGAUGAAGAGAUUGUGGUUGCUACAACCCGUCUUGAAACCAUGCUUGGAGAUACUGCUGUUGCAGUUCAUCCUGAGGAUCCUCGAUACAAACAUCUACACGGCAAAUUUGUCACCCAUCCUUUCGUCGACCGGAAACUUCCGAUUAUCGCUGAUACGUUUGUUGAGCGGGAUUUCGGUACUGGCGCCGUUAAAAUCACCCCUGCACACGACCCUAAUGAUUACGAGUGCGGAAAAAGGAAUGAUCUGAAGUUUAUCACAAUAUUUACCGAUGAGGGCGAGGUUUCCCCGGGCUGUGGUAGGUUUAGCGGUAUGAAAAGGUUUGAUGCAAGAAAGGCUGUUCAAGAAGAUCUUAGUAAACUUGGUCUCUACAGAGAAACUAAGGAUAAUCCUAUGGUGGUCCCGGUUUGCAGUAGAAGUAAGGAUAUUGUGGAACCUAUCAUCAAACCACAGUGGUAUGUCAAGUGUGAUGAUAUGGCCAAGAAAGCAAUGGAAGCUGUUGAGAGCGGAGAAUUAAAGAUUAUUCCUGAUGCUCACAAGAAAACCUGGAACUACUGGAUGGAAGGUAUGAGGGACUGGUGUAUAUCCCGUCAGCUCUGGUGGGGGCACAGAGUCCCGGCCUAUCAGGUCUCCGUUAAAGGACGAGCUCCGGAGGAGGAACUCUGGGUCUCCGGUAGGACGGAAACGGAGGCGAGGUCAAAGGCGGCGAAACUUCUGAAAGUUGCAGAGACGGAGAUUGUACUAAACCAAGAUCCGGACGUACUUGACACAUGGUUCUCCUCCGGACUUUUUCCUUUCAGUGUUCUUGGUUGGCCGGACAAGACGGACGAGUUGGACGUUUUCUAUCCUGGUACCUUGCUAGAGACAGGACAUGAUAUUAUUUUCUUCUGGGUUGCAAGAAUGGUAUUCUUCGGGCAGAAACUUCUUGGUAAACUACCAUUUAAGACAGUGUUUCUCCAUGCCAUGGUACGAGACGCUCAUGGGAGAAAGAUGUCGAAAUCCCUGGGAAACACUAUUGAUCCUAUGGAUGUGAUCAGAGGAAUAGACUUAGAGGAGCUUCAUAAAUCCCUGUACAACAGUAACCUGGACCCCAGAGAGAUUGAGAAAGCUAAGGCUGGCCAAAGGCAGGAUUAUCCUAACGGUAUCCCGGAGUGUGGAACAGAUGCGCUUAGGUUUGCUCUGUGUGCGUACACUGCUCAGGGUAGAGAUAUUAACCUGGAUGUUCUCCGGGUUCAGGGAUACCGUUUCUUCUGCAACAAACUCUGGAACGCGACUAAAUUUGCACUAAUGUAUCUGGGACCCAACUUUCAGCCCAAAAAAGGUCUUGUCCAAUCCUUGAUUUCCAGCGAAGCUGCCAAAUCUGGCUCUGGAACCUUCCAACCGAUUCCGGAUAAAUCUGAUAUUGUUUCGGGAUCUGGGAAACAAAUGCUGAACAGUGUUCUACAAGGAACUCUCUUCCUUGGAGGAUCAACUCCGACUCAAUCUGAUUUAGAGGUUUUUAAAGCACUUGGAGAGUCUCCAAGCUACUGGCAAUUUCAAGCUCUUUCCAGGUGGUAUCACAGAAUGAACUCUCUGAGCGCUGCUGAGCAGAAAUCUCUACCCGACGGAAAAGGAGUUGCGCUUCCUGAACCAUCUCAACUCGCGCACAAGGAUCGAUGGAUUCUUUCCCGUCUUGCCUUUGCUAUUGAAACCUGUCACGCGGCAUUUCAGGCCUACAACUUCCCCGAGGGAACCUCGGCCAUUUACAACUUCUGGUUGUACGAGCUAUGCGACGUAUACCUGGAGUAUUUGAAACCAAUCUUCCAGGGUUCGGACUCCGGAGCUAUCCUGACAGCUCGUCAUGUUCUCUAUACCUGCCUAGACGGAGGAUUAAGAAUGAUAUCUCCCUUUAUGCCCUUUAUCUCUGAGGAAAUGUUCCAACGAUUACCGAGAUGGAGCAGUAACGAACCUCCUUCAAUCACCGUUACACCAUUCCCUCAGAUGACCAACUUUAACUUUAGGAAUCUUGUGAUAGAAGAAGAGGUAAGGUUUGUCCAGAAGGUUGCUGCAGUUGUAAGAUCAACUAGAGCCGACUACAAUCUACCGAACAAGGUUAAAACAGAACUCUAUCUCCGGGUGUUCUGUGAAACCUCGGCUGAUAUAAUUCGUCGGUACUCUGGAGCUAUUGAAACCCUGUCAACCUGUAGCAGGGUUGUGGUCACGGAUUCUCCUCCGGUUGGAUGUGCUAUCGUCACAGUCUCCGAUAAGGUUUCUGCUCAUCUGAACCUGAAGGGUUUGAUCGAUCCUCUCAAGGAGAUAGAGAAACUGGAGAAGAAGAGAACAAUGCUUAACAUCCAAAUUGAGAAACUCACUAAACUCAGUGCAGUCAAAGAUAGUAAAAUACCGGAAGAGGUUCGGAAGAGCAAUGAAGAGAAACUUGCUCAAAGUGAGACUGAGGUUCAGAGGUUAGCUGAUGCCCUCACCGUCCUUGCUUCUCUUCAGUCCUAGUGAUAACCUUGAGAAAAUUGUAUUUAAUAAACCUGUUACAUAUA